AUCGACACCGUUCCGUUAAAGCUCCCUUGUAAUGUUUACUUCUUUGGAACAACGGCGUGUCCUCCUCGGUUAACAGAAUUGGAUCAGAUGUGGUAUCAGAUGUCGGAUACAUCUUUUUCUCAGCCAGCCAUACGUUAAAAACACGUUAUCCUUUUGGCUGCGCGCGCGAUCGGGAGAAUUAGCGGUUCAUUCUGCGCCAGAGCGCUGUGUUCAUGAUGGCGAUGUUCCGCAGUUUUGUGUCCGCCGCUCAGAUCAGGCAACAUCAGCAGCAAAACGGAGCCGCAGCAGCCGCACCAGGGGAGAGUCUGGAGAGCCAGUUCUCCUGUCCCAUCUGUCUGGAGGUGUACCACAAACCUGUCAGCAUCGCAAGCUGUGCUCAUACUUUCUGUGGGGACUGUCUACAACCGUGUCUACAGGUGACCUCACCUCUCUGUCCACUCUGCCGCAUGCCUUUCGAUCCAAAGAAAGUGGACAAAUCCUCUUGCGUGGAGAAGCAGCUCUCUUCAUAUAAGGCACCCUGCAGAGGGUGUACCAAAAAAGUCACCCUGGUCAAAAUGAGGUCACAUAUCGCAUCUUGCACAAAGGUUCAGGAACAGAUGGCCAACUGCCCAAAGUUUAUGCCUGUGGUCCCCACCUCACAACCCAUUCCCAGUGAUCACCAGGAGAGCGCGAAGGUACAUUCACCUGACAACUCAUCACCAAAGAAGCGCAAUAUUCCAAACCGUUCCACAUUUGUGUGCCCAUACUGUGGUGCACGCAACUUGGACCAACAGGAACUAGUGAAGCACUCCAUGGAGAACCAUCGCAAUGACCCCAACAAAGUGGUAUGUCCAGUAUGUUCAGCUAUGCCCUGGGGCGAUCCUAGUUACAAGAGCUCCAACUUUCUGCAGCAUCUUCUCCACCGGCACAAGUUCUCCUAUGACACAUUUGUGGACUACAGUAUUGACGAGGAGGCAGCACUGCAGGCAGCUCUGACCCUCUCACUCUCUGAGAACUGAGAGUCUGACAUCACAUCCUGUUCUACAUACACCGCCAUGUGAUGGAUUUUUCCACCUGUCUUGUUUUAGGCUAGAUAUUCUCCAUUCCUCCUAUCACUCUACCUCUCUUCUGCUCUGUAAUUCUGAGCUAUACCCAUGAUCGAUCCUGAAGUGGCUCUUUACCUUGUUUGCCAGUUCAACACUUGAGCAAGCUCGUCACUUCUUGUACUGUAGGUGGACUGGACAUGACAUUACAACGUGAAUGCAAAAAGAGGUGCAAAAGAAAAAGAUCACAUUGUGUUUAGUUCAGUUCUUUCCUAUUUUUCUCUCUUCAAAUGUAUACAGACAGCACAGAAAUACUGGAAAUGAAGUGAAAUUCAGUACAGAGAUAUAUAUAUAUAUGUAUAUACUGUAAAUGCAUAUAUAUUUAUAUAUCGGAUGCACCGAUAUGAACAUUUUUGGCCGAUACAGAUUUUGCCCAAAACCGAUAAUGAUAUUGGACUGGAUCUGUUAAACACAUGGCUGGCCAAAUUUUUUAAGAAAGCCACAACACCAGUGUGUUCCUAAUAUAUGCAUAUAUAUAUAUAUAUAUAUAUAAUAUACAGUGCAUUCAGAAAGUAUUCAGACCCCUUAAUUUUGUUUCACAUUUUGUUAUGUUGCAGCCUUAUGCUAAUAUGCUUUUUUUUUUCUAACAUCAAUCUACACAUUUACAUUAUAAAGAAAAAACUGAAAUAUGAUAUUGACAAAAAUAUUCAGACCCUUUGCUAUGACACUUGAAAUUUAGCUCAGGUGCGUCCCAUUUCUCUGGAUCCACCUGUGCAAAUUCAACUGAUUGGACAUGAUUUGGAAAGGCACACAUCUGUCUAUAUAAGGUCUGAAAACAGCUGAAAAUGCAUAUCAGAGCAAAACCCAAGUCAUGAGGUCAAAGGAACUGCCUGCAGGGCUCAGAGACAGGAUUGUGUCGAGGCACAGAUCUGGGGAAGGCUACAAACAUUUUUGGCUGCAUUGAUGGUUCCCAAGAGCACAGUAGCCUCCAUAAUUCAUAAAUGGAAGAAGUUUGGAACAACGAGGACUCUUUCUAGAGCUGGCAGCACUUGGCUUGAUGCUGCCCUCAAUCUGAUAAGCUGAAGAUGUGUGGAAAUAUGCGCGGUUACGGACUCCAACGUAACGUAGGUUUACAGCACGGAGACCGAUAUAAAAGCCGGUAAUAUUUCCAGUACGAUUGUACAGUAUGAUUGUAGGAAGACUUUGUCCAUCAUGCAUGCUAACACCGGCUAAAUCAAACAAUAACUAUGUUCUGUGCAAGUUGUCAUGACGCACUAAGCUACCUUUUCUGAGAUGUCAACAGAAAUGUUGUUAAUUUUCUGAUAUCUGGACUCUAUCUGCAGCUGUUUAUGGUUAUACUAUUUCUAGAUAUUGAAUUCUGGAUGAACUUGAUUUAUGUAAACAUAAUACCUAAAUUGGCUUUGAGGUAUUUUGUAACUUUCUUAUGUUAUACUGUUAUUUCUGAACAUCAGUGUUAUUUUAAAUAAAUUGGAUUUUAAUUUAUUUGACUUUUACAACUUUCUGUGUGUUGCACUUUUUUUGUGCAUUUCUGUUACACACCUUUUGUUUUCUAUAAUGAAAAAAAAAAACAGAUUUUUCUAAUCAAGUUUACCUUGCAUGCUAAUAAGGAACAUGUUAUUUGAAUCAUAUUGGAGUUACUUUUUGGAAAAAUACCUUUAAAUGUAGGAAAAUCUAUUCGAGAAUCGUAAAUCGUCCUUAAGUUUGAAAAAAAAAAAAAUCUAGACUAGAUUUUCUAUGGCAUUUUUUUUGCCAUAUCGCCCAGCCCUAGUGGGGGUGUUUUCAGCGGCAGUGACUGGGGUACUGAUCAGGGUUGAAGGAAAGCUGAAUGCAGCAAAAUACAGAGAUAUCCUUAGUGCUCAGGACCUCGGACUGGUCCAAAGGUUCACCUUCCAACAGGACAAUGACCCUAAACACACAACCACGACAACGCAAGAGUGGUUUAGGGACAACACAGUGAAUGUCCUUGAGUGGCCCAGCCAGAACCCGGACUUGAACCCAAUCGAACAUCUCUGGACAGACCUGAAAAUGGCUGUCCACCGACAGUCCCCAUCUAACCUGACAGAGCUUGAGAGGAUCUGCAGAGAAGAUUAGCAGAAAAUCCCCAAAUCCAGAUGUGCAAAGCUUGUCGCAUCAUCCCCAAAAAGACUCGAGGCUGUAAUCGCUGCCAAAGGUGCUUCAACUAAGUACAGAAUUAAGGGUCUGAAUACUUAUGUCAAUGUGAUAUAAAAAAAUGUUUUCAUAUAUGUACAUUUUUAAAGUUUCUGAAUUCUGAAUGCAUUGUGUUUGUGUGUAUAUAUAUAUAGUACCGCUGUACUGAAUUUAAGUCUGUUUAUCACACAAAGCUAUCUUAGUGCUUUAGAAGUAAUAUAGCACACAAAUUGUAUGGAUCCUGUUUUUCUCCUUCUGUAACAUGACAGCAUUCAUUAUAUUGAAAAGAUCAGUCUGUACCUUUUGUGUUCCACUGAAAAAGGCGAAACCAAUACAAAACAGAGAGGGAACGACUAUUUCGGCAUUCUCAUUGUUUCAUCAUUUCUGGAACGCUGAAACCCAUCCAGCCCCUUUUUUCAAGAGUUAAUAUGAAUAUUUGCACCCAUCAUAGUUUUCUACAUGUCUAAAUUCUAGUACUGUUGUUCUUUUAUAGUUCAAUAACUGAAUAAUGACAGAAAGGACUGCAUGCUCUGCUCUUACUACGGUAAUCUUUUCUAUGAAGCGUCAGAUAAAGUUAUAUUUUUGGAAAAAGUUUCCGUUUUAAAUGGUGCACUAAUAAUACGACAGCAGGCUUCUAGAGAUGUGCUAAACGUACGUAUUCAUUGGUAAUGUUCAUCUGUAUCAGUCACUAGUGCUGCCUUCAAGUCUUCCAGGGAAGUUUGUAUUUGUGAGUUCAGAAAUCAUAAUCACGACGAGGAAUGAAGUAAACAUGUUGGGCAAUUUAGUAUUUAUUUCACUUCAUGACAAAGACAGAAAGCUUUUAAAGCGCUAGUGCUACAAAAUUAAGUACAAAGGAUCCACAUUAGUUGGUGUCACAGAAAAUGAAGUGAAAUAUAGUGUUGUUGUGCAAGUUUGUCACCUCAUUAAUCAGCUAAAUGAGUCAUAUUUUCUGUUGCAAGGGUCCAAAUUUAACCAUUUAAAAACUUAAAAGUCUUUGGCUAGUAAAUAAAAUGGUUACUGGCCAACUGGCUGGUAACUCUUUUUAGAAAUUGGUAUAAAUAAAAAUAAUACAUGGUUGAAAUAUAUUAAAAAAUGGUUGACUACUGAAAAGCUCGGCUCUGUCAUUACAUCAUCAUGCAACGACUCUGACGUUAAGGACACAAAACAAAAAUAUCAAAAAUAAUGCAAAUUCGGCUGUUAAGAAAAAUGCAUGGCUGGUUACGUUUCUAUAUUCAUUCGCCAUUGGCAAGUGUGGCCAAAAGUUGGACUCCUGGUAAUGCUACACAAAAUGCGUAUAAACUUAAUUUUGCGUACAGUCAACCUGCACAAUUACACCUUCUGACCAAUACUUAUUACAGUAGCUUCCGCCAAGGUUUUUUAAUUGACACGCCCUCAAACCAUGAAAGUUAGGGCUCAAAAAGUUUCCCAAUUGUAAUUACGACUUUGUGGUUGCAUUCAUAACCGCUCAUCUUAUAAACACGAUCAUUCAGACAUGGCUUGAAGGCAGCAUAGUUAUGGGAAAACUUAAGACCAUCCCAACAGGAAGUUGAACAGAGUGCAGUGGCUAAACCUGACCACUAGUUGACAGUACUACUUUGGCCAGCAGGUCAUUCAGAGUGCAAAUUCAACUUCUUUUAAUUUACUACUACUGUUGCGUAUUUUCUGUACUUUGUAAGUGUUAAACCCAAGCCUAUAUAUGGUGUUAGGAGCACAGAAGCGUAGAGGAGGAUCGGCGUCAUAGGGUUAGGUAUUUUGUUUAGGAAUCUAUUGUUCCACUUUACAGUUUUCUCAACCACAGAGUGUACAAUGUGCCUGGAGCCGAAAGUUAAGGCCGAAACAUACACUAUGUUUUUAGGCCUUAAAACAGGCUAUGUUUUGGACCUAGAAGGACAUGCUCCUAGCAUCUAAGUUUUCUUGUUCUUUCUUUGGAGUGCUCAUCAUGAGCACAGGGGCCGAUAUGUUUGAUGCUGGUGCAUCGUUUUCCAUUUUAUAUAGCUUUGAUAACUUUGUCAGAAAUUGAGGUUUUGAUAUUUAAAGAGUCAAUCUCAGCAGAAGAGUGGAAGACCAUUAGGGAUGGUUGGAAUACAGUGUUUGUUUUAAUGUUACAAUCUUUUUAUUAUAAUUUAGAAUAUGAUGUUUCAACUUGUAAUGCAUUUAUACUGUGUUGAUAAACUGUGUUUGUUUAAUCUGUUUGUUUAAUAGAGCCAUUGUGGUUAUUUCCAUUAUGUGGAUUAUUUUAUCAAGGUUAAGCGUGUCACAAUCAUAGUCUCAUCUGAAACUCUACAGCCAGUAAUUCAACUGGUUAGAUUGGAGUGAGGGUCCAUAGUUGGAAUGACUUUGAUUGUUGGAUGGGAGUGUUCUGUGAAAAAUGUGAAAUGUCAUUCACUUUAAUAAAUAUCCUGCUGUCGUUUGUAAUCAUUUAGAUGGCUUAGUGUGUAAUCACUGAGAGUGAUCAAUCCGGUAUGGUUUUCUUAAAAGCCAUAGUAGAGUUCUUGGUGAUUGAAGCGCAAUAGUAUCAAGUUCAACUAACAAGCGAUAAAAGAUCAUUCUUCCUUGUUAAUCUUGAGUCUGUUAGCCUAACCAGCCUCUACGAGUGUUUUUCAUUUAGUUUGUUGCUAACGAGAGGAACGUCUGCACCUCAUUUGUUGACCACGCCAUGGUUUUGUGCACAGCCAUUUCUUUUUACAAUUCGAAAGUCUGCUAUCGCUGUAGCUAAGUUUAAAACUAGAGGGUUGAUGUCCCGUGUCGAAAAUCCAGUGGCGCUGGUAGUGACGAUUCUCUCUGACCAAUCAGUGAUCUGCAGGAUUUUGACGUCACAUUUAGUAUCGGCUCGGCUCGCUUGGAACCUCGACCGAGGUGGUACUAAAAAAGUACCAGGUACCAGGUACUAUCAACAGUGAAACCCCCAAAAAGCGAGCAGAGUUGAGUUGUACCAUUCCGUGGAAAAGCCCCAUUAGCCACAAAGGCUAAGUUUGAAAAUAGCUUACUAUGAUACUAAUCUUACUAUUCCUGGCCUAUAUAUAGACACGGCAGAAACAGUAAGAGUAGUAUGCUAGUCUGAACUUAGCUUAGGCUUGUAUUUCUGUCCCGUUGCACUGGUUAGCUCCGCCCACAAUUAAAUCUUAAUGGUCCAAAUCUCACUUAAUGUACCUGUAUAUUACUGUUGCGUUCAUGACAUGUUGGCUUUACUCAAAUUACGAGUUUCCAACUAGUAAAAGCCGUUUGCGUCUUAGACAAUGCGAACGCAACUUAAAACAAUAGCUGCAUCAAAUACGUUCUGAUGUGCUGUGACCGUCGCAUCGCACAGCAUUUUCACUUUCAGUGUUGCGUUCGCACCUGGUUCAGACACGGUGUAAGAGGCCACGUUUUUCGGUGUACAUUUGUGCUAAGCAUUGGAUCUUCUGAGUAUUGCAGGAAUGUCCUUGUUGGGAUUUAUUAAGAGAGAUUUAUACAUUCAGAGUAUCAGAGAUUACUGCUUCUGUUUGGGGGUUUAAUGUACAUAAAAUAGCACUUUUUGUGGCAUAUAUGUCGAAAUUUUGAAGGUGGGAAUGCCUUUUUUAUUUUCCAAGAGGCAUGUUUAAAACAUUGCACUUUAACUCAAAUGUCUUUUGAUGAUCACGUAGGAAUUUUGUUCCAGUUAUUAAGUGACUAAUUGUGUUUUACAAGAGGCAGAAUAAUUUGUCAUGUCAUUGUCAUGUGAAAAAGCUAGUUUAAGUUAUGUGCUCAGCUAAACAAUGGAUUAUUUCCAAUUGCAUUCAGAAAUGGCACAGAAGUGCUUUUCCUUUUCUGUGAGGACGAGUAAUAUUGUUAUUUGCAAAAGCAUGAGGACAGUAAAAAAUAUAUAUAAUAACUCAACUCAGUAGUUGCCAAACAAAAUGCCUCCGGAAAAGGUUUAUUGUAGUUUGAUGGCGAUGUAUUUAUUGAUUGGCUUCUCUUAAGGAUUUACGAAAUGGUAAAUGGAAAAUGACAAUGACAGCCAAGUUCCCCUUUACCCUGAUGUUUUUUACAACAAUGAUAAUGUUGUUUUUUGAAGUGUCUAAAUAUCUUGCUCAACAAUAUUCAUGUGCACAUCUGUAGCAUAGUACGUACGUUUUUUAAAAGUGAAACUUUUGAUAUUGUACUACACAGUUCUCCGAUUCUGAUUACCUUUGAGAAUGAGCUUAAAAUGUAUAUUUUCCAGUCUUUUUGUAUUGUAACAUCAAUACAUACUAUCACAGACAUAAAGCACUUCUGCAUUUCUUGCGUUGGCUAAUAGCUAUCCACCCUUGCAACAUAAACAUAGAUAGAUGGAACAAUGGGGUCUGUCUGUAUGCGAGACAUAUCUUAAAACAAUCCUCUUGAAUGACCAAGGACUCAAUGGAGUACUGUGAAUCAGAGCUUGCUGUAGAAACACCUCGAGUACUUUUGAAUAACGGGACUAUGAAGGAAGGAAACGCAUUGGACUCAUGAGCGCACUAUGGAUUCAGGACUCAACAGUGAUGUCGCUGGACAAUCCUGAUUGGUAGCAACUGUCCAGGAUACCUCGAGAACUGCAAAACUGUCUUGCAACAAAACCUGGAUUACACGCUGCCUCAGGCAGGGGGCGCCAUGGCUCUCUGACCAGGUUAUAUUGUCUAUUGUCUAUCGUCUUUGGACAGGUACUGGGGCGGGGGUCACUGAGAAUAAUGCCAGAUCUUUGGUUGUUAAUCUCAGCAGCACUUCUCCAGAGCCUCCAUCAAGGAUCCAGUCCAGUAUGGCCAGCAUGUGUUCGCUCAAUGUAAUUAUGCAUUCAUGACUAUGAAUAAUGAGAUAACAGUAAUAACAAUGCUGAUCAUUCAGAUGUUACCGAUGGUGUGCAUUUUAAAGCCGAAAUACUGACCGAAGUUGAAUAAGAUACUUACACAGUGUGUUUGUAGCAGUUUUCCCCUUAAUAAAAAUACAGAUGCACAC